AUGCUCCUUCGGCAACGCGUUCCCCGGCCUGCCGGCUUGGGAAACGCCAAUCUCCGUCGCCUGAAUCCGUGCUGCCGGGCAUCGGCUGUUAGAUCCUACUUGGUGAAUGCGCCGGGACGGCCCAGAAACGCCGUUGCGCCCCAUCCACGGAUCUCGAGGCAGUUGCCUUAUACUGCACUCUCCAUAUCGAAUUUCUCUACUUCAAGCACGUUGCAGAAACAAAAGGACAAAGGAUUCUUCGACGGACUAACAGAACCGUUAUCGGAGGAGGAGGAAAAGGCGAACCUCGAGAAAAACGAAGCCGAAAGCAAGGACGUCGACGAGGCAAAAGCCUCCACUUCCGACCCUUCAUCUCCAGCGGGAAGCAAAGGGAAUAACGAACCUCCAGAUGGAAAGGGCAGCAUUGCUUCAGGAGGGUCCGGGUCCGGGUCCGGCACCAGCGGCGAUGGGUCCGGCGACGGAGGCAGACGGGGGCGGAGGUCAGGAGAGCGCGCACUCCAGAAGCCUAUAGUGCCCGAAGUCUACCCUCAAGUCAUGGCGAUCCCGAUAGCAAAACGACCGCUCUUCCCGGGCUUUUACAAGGCCAUCACCAUCAAAGACCCCAACGUCGCUGCCGCCAUCACGGAGAUGAUAAAGCGUGGCCAGCCGUAUAUUGGCGCCUUCCUUUUCAAGGACGAGAACGCAGACGACGAUGUUAUACACAAUCCAGAAGACGUUCACGAUGUCGGUGUCUUUGCUCAGAUCACAAGCGCCUUCCCUGUUUCCGGCGGGGAACACAACAGUCUCACUGCCAUCUUAUACCCCCACCGAAGGAUACGACUGUCGACCUUGAUACCCCCCAGUGCCCAUGAUGCGAAGAAAACGGAUUCCGACGUGGAGCCUGCACCGGAACCUAUCCCUCCCAAGGUAUCCGACGAGGAGGCCCAGAUGCAGAAGAAGGGAGACGUGGUAGCUAGUUUCGAAGAAAGCGCCGUCGCACCGAAACCCGACCCGGCACAACCGCAUUACGAACCUACGUCGUUCCUACGGAAAUACCCCGUCAGUCUCGUUAAUGUCGAGAAUCUGACGGAGGAGCCUCACGACCCCAAAAGCCCAGUGAUACGUGCCGUGACCAACGAAAUCGUGAACGUCUUCAAGGAGGUCGCUAGCAUGAAUUCGCUGUUCAGGGAUCAGAUUUCGACCUUCUCUAUCAGCCAGUCAACCGGAAACGUCACAGCUGACCCGGCAAAACUAGCCGACUUCGCCGCCGCCGUGUCCGCUGGAGAGCCGGAAGAGCUCCAAGAUGUUCUCUCGAGCUUGAACGUGGAGGAGCGGAUGCAGAAAUCCCUCGCCGUGCUGAAGAAAGAGCUCAUGAAUGCUCAGUUACAAUCCAAGAUCACAAAGGACGUGGAAAGCAAAAUCACAAAGCGCCAACGGGAAUACUGGCUUAUGGAGCAGAUGAAGGGCAUCCGCCGGGAACUUGGCAUCGAGUCGGACGGCAAGGACAAGCUGGUGGAGAAGUUCAAGGAGAAGGCGGACAAGCUGGCGAUGCCCGAGGCAGUCCGCAAGGUAUUUGACGACGAGAUCAACAAGCUUGCGCAUCUAGAGCCUGCCGCCUCCGAGUUCAACGUCACCAGGAAUUACCUCGACUGGCUUACACAGAUCCCCUGGGGUCAGCGAAGCGCGGAGAAUUUCGGCAUCCAGAACGCCAUGAAGGUCCUGGACGAGGAUCACUACGGGCUGAAGGAUGUCAAGGACCGCAUCUUGGAGUUCAUUGCCGUGGGCAAGCUCCGGGGCACGGUCGAGGGCAAAAUACUUUGCUUUGUCGGGCCGCCCGGAGUGGGCAAGACCAGUAUCGGCAAGUCAAUUGCACGAGCCCUCAACCGCCAGUACUACAGGUUCAGCGUCGGCGGUCUCACCGAUGUCGCGGAGAUCAAGGGCCACAGGAGGACGUAUGUCGGCGCCUUGCCCGGGCGUGUCAUCCAGGCGCUGAAGAAAUGUCAAACCGAAAACCCCCUGAUAUUGAUUGAUGAGAUUGACAAGAUCGGCAAGGGCUACCAAGGGGACCCCUCGUCGGCUCUACUUGAGCUCCUGGAUCCGGAGCAGAACAACUCUUUCUUGGAUCAUUACAUGGAUGUGCCUGUUGAUCUCUCCAAGGUCCUGUUCGUCUGCACAGCAAACAUGACGGACACAAUUCCAAGGCCUCUCCUCGACAGAAUGGAAGUAAUCCGGCUGUCUGGAUAUGUCUCGGACGAGAAAAUGGCUAUUGCCGAGCGAUACCUAGCCCCAGCAGCCAAAGAACUGGCCGGGUUGAAAGAUGCAGACGUCCAGCUGACCGAGGCCGCAAUCGAGGAGCUCAUCAAAUCUUACUGUCGCGAAUCGGGAGUCAGAAACCUGAAGAAGCAGAUCGAGAAGGUUUACCGGAAGUCGGCACUGAAGAUUGUGCAGGACUUGGGCGAGGAUGCCUUGCCCGAAUCCGAGGCCCUGACCGACGAGGGCAAGGCUGCGCUUCACGAGUCCGAACACCAACAAGAAAGCAAAGAUAGGGGGACUAGGGCACCGUCAGAGGCCGGCGAGAAGGAGACGACAGAACAGCCGCGAGUCGCUCUCAAAGUCCCCGACAGCGUCCAUGUCACCAUCGACCAGGACCGCCUCAAGGACUAUGUUGGGCCGCCGAUCUUCACGUCGGACAGGCUUUACGACGUAACCCCGCCGGGCGUGGCCAUGGGCCUGGCCUGGACACAAAUGGGCGGUGCUGCCAUGUACGUCGAGACGAUACUCCAGACGGCGCUGAGACCAAGCAGCCGGCCGGCUCUCGAGAUUACGGGCAAUAUCAAGACCGUGAUGAAGGAAUCGUCCAGCAUCGCCUAUUCGUUUGCCAAGUCGGUAAUGGCCAAGGAAUUCCCCGAUAACCACUUCUUCGACAAGGCAAAGAUACACGUGCACGUCCCGGAGGGGGCGGUGCAGAAGGACGGCCCCUCGGCCGGCAUCACCAUGGCCACGUCGCUGCUGUCGCUGGCACUAGACGCGCCGGUCGAUCCCACCCUCGCUAUGACGGGCGAGCUGACCUUGACCGGCAAGGUACUCCGGAUAGGGGGUCUGAGGGAGAAGACGGUGGCGGCACGGCGGGCGGGCUGCAAGAUGAUCAUCUUCCCCGAUGAUAACAUGUCAGACUGGUUGGAGCUUCCGGAGAACAUCAAGGAGGGCAUAGAAGGCCGGCCAGCGAGCUGGUACUCGGAGGUUUUCGACCUCGUCUUCCCGAACCUGGAUAGGGAACAAGCCAGCAAGUGCAAGAUUUGCGAAUGGAAGAAGGCUCACGAGUCCAAGUCGACGGAGAGCGAGGGCGAGAAUGACGACUAG